AUGGUUGACCUCACUGAGCUUAUGGAAAAUGAAGUAUUCAUGGCCUUUGCUUCCUAUACAACGAUUAUUCUUUCAAAAAUGAUGUUUAUGAGUACUGCAACUGCAUUCUUUAGAUUGACAAGAAAGGUUUUUGCCAACCCAGAAGACUGUGCAGGGUUUGGCAAAGGAGAAAAUGCCAAGAAAUAUCUUCGGACAGAUGACAAAGUGGAACGUGUGCGAAGAGCUCACCUGAAUGACCUUGAAAACAUUGUGCCAUUUCUUGGUAUUGGCCUUCUGUAUUCCUUGAGUGGUCCAGAUCUCUCUACAGCCAUCCUGCACUUCAGACUCUUUGUUGGAGCACGGAUCUACCACACAGUCGCGUAUUUGACACCCCUUCCCCAGCCAAAUCGUGCUUUGGCUUUCUUUCUUGGCUAUGGAGUUACUUUUUCAAUGGCUUACAGGUUGCUAAAGAGUAGAUUGUACCUGUAA